UGCAUCAUCAUCAUCGGAUGAAGGAACGAAAUCAGAAAAUAGAACAAAAUUUGGGGGUUUAGGGUUCAUCAUCAAUCUGCAAUUUGAAUCUGUCGAGAUAACAACAAAUCAAAUCGAAGAAAAGAAAAGAAAUGGGGAGUCUUGUAAAGGCGUAUUAUUAUUGUCAGCAGCACAAGAGCGGCAGCAGCUUUCAGCUUCACCACCAUUAUUACAGCAGAAGAAGAACUACUUCCAACCUUCAGAACCCUGUUUCCCUCUUCGCCUUCACUUCUCCUUCCAUUUCCUCUUCUUCUUCUUCUUCUUCUUCUGAUCCCCCUUCUCCUUCUCCUUCGUCUUCAUCUGCAUCUCCUCGUCCUAUUAAACACCGAUUCGGCGGCGGCGUAGGCGGCCACUUCAUCAUUCCCUCGAUCGCUGUCGCUGCUUCCGCCUGCUUCUUCCUCCGUCUGCACCUUAACCCUCCUAUCAUCACCUCCUCUCCCCUUGAUGAUUUCCAGCUCCAACUGGAGGAACCAGGUUCUAUCAGAGAGCUCCCUCUCCUCCACCGCAAUCAUCAUUAUCUCCUCAAAGCUCUUCACUUUUACAAAGUCAAGCCAGGUACCGUCCUCAAACUCCUUGACGUUUACGACUCCGAUAGCUACGACUCCUUGAAAGCCCGCAUUCGUCUGUCCGCCGAGUGGUUGGAGACUGCCAGGAGAGAGCUCGAUGAGGUUCUUGAGAGGGACCCUGCUCGGGUCAUGGAGUACUCCCAGGUGGUUGAUGAGCUGAUGCAGAUUCUCAGGGACAUGGACCUCUACAUCGACAAAUGCCAAAAGGACAACGUCAAGGGUUACCUUCAUUCCUGCAACCGGUUGCUUGCCCGUGUUAGGAGGAUGGAGGCUCAGAUUCUCAAUCUCCUCAAAGAGUUUCACGACGACGAGGACCAAGGACCUGGAGGACAGACUUAACUUAGUCUUGUUGUUUAGGGAACAAAUAGGAUGGUAAACACUUGUUAUGUUUUCCAUGUGACAGCAAUACGAGAGAUUUCUUCCUUGGUUUCCCAUAAUUCUUAACAUUGAUCCCCUCAUGAUGAUAUGUGUAAAGUCAGUGGUGGACAAAUUACUCAAUUUUCCAUACACGAAUGUUUGUUUCAUAUACACAAUUGCUCUUACUCUUCCA